AUGGCUCGCCUAACGCAAUUAGUCGUCUUCAUUACACUUUCCUUGUUCAACAUCUUUGGCGCACAGCUGGCCCUUGCAGCCGAAAAUGGUCCUGGCUCGGCUUCCGUCUUGACCUCCGAGGUCGGGCGCCUCAACAACGAAAGCUUGUUCUGGGGCCCCUACAAGUCUAACCUGUAUUUUGGUGUUCGGUCGAGAACUCCCAAGAGCUUGUGGACUGGAUUGAUGUGGUCCAGAGUUGACAACUAUCAGGAUGUUUCGCAGGGUUUCCGUUACACCUGUGAACAGCACGAGGGCCUCCACGGUUACGGCUGGGACGAGUACGACGCCCGGAAGGGAGGUGUCCAGUCAAUUCACGACGAGGGUAACCAGAUUGACAUCACCACUUCGUUCAUCAAGGUGCCCGGCGGUGCCAACGGCGGCAGCUGGGCAGCAAGAAUCAAGGGUGUCCCGAGAGAGGGCGCUCCCGCCGACCUGAAGACCAUGAUCCAUUACUACAUCGCUCAGGAGGGCACCGAAGGAGAGAUCGCCUUUGCCGGCGAGAGCGACCCCGCUGGCUUGGACGGCGACGUCGCGUUUGAAGGCACUUCACCCGAGCUUGGUAAGUACAAGCUGGUCGUCACCAAGGGAGAGGGUAAGCACCCUUCCAGCACCCACCCCUUGGCGGACAAUAGACACCCCGACCGGACGACGGUGCGGUCUAUGAACGUUCCCGAGGAGAUUCAGUGGCAGGGCAAGGGCGUGGUCUUCAACCUCAUCCAGGAAAGCGUCAAGUAUGUUCAGGAGAACUACGAGAUGAACGAACCACCCCCGGCGUACCUCACCUACCAGAUUGAGAGCAAGCCCGGCGAAGGCAACACUCACGUUGUCCAGAAGAUGUUCGAGGGAGCGUUCGAAUUCGACGUCAUCUUCUCGUCUGCUUCCGCCGGCCCCGAGCUCACCAGCGCCGAUGUGACUCGCGAGAUCAAGUCCGUUACCGAGUCCUUCGGUGAGCGCUUCUCAUCCGUCUUCAGCCUGAAGGCCCCGUACACUGCCGAGAAGUACAAGAAGUUCGCCAAGAGCAUGUUCUCCAAUUUGCUCGGUGGCAUUGGCUACUUCCACGGCUCGCAGCUGAUUGACCGCUCGUACGCCCCUGAGUACGAUGAGGAGAACGAGGGCUUCUGGGAGGAGACUGCGGCUGCCCGUGCCCGCAAGCAGCAAGAGCUUGAGGGCCCCUAUGAGCUCUUCACGGCCGUCCCUUCCCGGCCUUUCUUCCCUAGAGGAUUCCUCUGGGAUGAGGGUUACCACCUCAUCCCCAUUGCCGACUGGGACAUCGACCUGACCCUGGAGAUCGUCAAGAGCUGGUUUAACACCAUGGACGACGAUGGCUGGAUUCCUCGGGAGCAGAUCCUUGGCCUCGAAGCUCGCAGCAAGGUCCCUGAGGAGUUUCAAGUGCAAUACCCGCACUACGCCAACCCUCCCACAUUGUUCCUCAUCAUCGAGGGCUUUAUGGAGCGCCUCCGAAAGACCAACGGCAGCCAGCCUGCCGAGAAGGAGCAUCUUGGUCCCGCGGCCUCCCUUCAGACCGCUCAUCUGGACAACGUCGAGCUCGGAGAGGACUUCCUCCGGAGGCUUUACCCCUUCGUCCGUGCGCAGUACGACUGGUUCCGCAAGACCCAGAAGGGAGACCUGAAGACGUACGACCGCGAGGCGUUCUCCAACAAGGAGGGCUACAGAUGGCGCGGCCGCACCGAGACCCAUAUUCUUACCAGCGGCCUCGACGACUACCCCCGCCCACAGCCGCCUCACCCCGGCGAACUCCACGUCGACCUCAUGUCCUGGGUCGGCCUGAUGACCAAGUCCCUCAUGAACAUCGCCGAUGCCCUCGGUAUGAGGGAGGAAGUCGACGAGUUUAAGACGACUCUGAACGCCAUCCGCCAUAACCUUAACGAUCUCCACUGGUCAGAGAAGGAGGGCUGCUACUGCGACGCCACCAUCGACGCCUACGAGGAGCACACCCUUGUCUGCCACAAGGGCUACAUCUCCCUCUUCCCCUUCCUGGUCGGCCUUCUCGAGGCCGAUGAUCCCAAGCUUGGCAAGCUUCUCGAUCUCCUGGGCGACGAGGAACACCUCUUCAGCCCGCAUGGUCUGAGGAGUUUGAGCAAGCAGGACGAGUUUUACGGAACGGCCGAGAACUACUGGCGCAGCCCUGUGUGGAUGCCCAUUAACUACAUGGCCGUCUCUCAGCUGAAGAACAUCGCGUCCCAGGACGGCCCUUACAAGGCCAAGGCGGCGGACCUCUUCACCCGCCUCCGCAAGAACCUCGUCGACACCGUUUACAACAGCUGGGAGAAGACGGGCUUCGCGUGGGAGCAGUACAACCCCGAGACGGGCGAGGGCCAGCGCACGCAGCACUUCACAGGCUGGACGAGCUUGGUCGUCAAGCUCAUGGCCAUGGAGGAACCCAGCAAGGCUGGCAGCGGCCACGUCAGGGACGAGCUGUGA